GGUGAAUCCAAGUAUAUACCAUGUAUUCGUAUAAUUGAUCCAAAGACCACAACAACAACAACAAUACAAUAGUAAUGAAUUCAUUUCAUUUCAGUAUUAUUUCAUGAAUAAAUUGUUUAUUUAUUUGUUCGUUUGUUUGUUUUUGUGCUCUUACAUUCAGUAUUGAGCAUUAAAUAUUACUCAUUUUUAAAAUUAUAUACAUGAGAUCGGCAACUAUUACUUUGUCCUACAGCCUGAUUAUUAGAAUUAUCGAAUUUUUUCAGAUACAAAUAUUUUAAUAUGAAUAAGAGAAAGGGUUUGACGUGGUUGGCAUUUACACUAUGAUUGCGCAACGUGAUAAAUGGACUCUUAGAAUUAAAGCCAUUUGCUUCAUACUCAUUGACCUUUUCAUCAUAUGGUUGAUCAACAUCUCACCAAGUUUACUCUAUCAUGGUAUAUACAAUGAAAGUUACACAUUCUUAUCAGAGAAUAUGGAACUGAUUGAUGGAAAUAUAUUUGCUUCAAACUCUUCAGAGUUCAACCUGACUAUGAGAUUGCACAAAAUGUAUUCUACUAUUAAUGAAACUUCCAUUCAAAAUCACUCUCUGAGAUUUGAUGUAGAAGAAAACAGACUGAAGAGAUUAUAUGACUCAUUAAGUAAAAAUAAUUCAGUGAAAACAUUUCUCAUCUAUGGAUCUCAGAAAAUUUAUAUACCAAAGAAAUUUUCUAAAUGUUAUGCUUCAAAAUGUACACUUAUCACCGGAAUGGAAAGAUGGCGUGAAGCUGAUGCACUUAUUUUAACAAAAGAUGAACAACCAAAUGGAAUUCGACCAAAUGGACAAUUAUGGUUUAGUCUAACACAUGAAUCUCCUAAACAUAUAUCAUUGGCAAACACACUAGAAAAUGAAGUUAACUUUACCAUAUCCUAUCGUUUUGAUUCAACGAUUUAUUCACCAUACGGUUACUAUGAACCGUAUUUAAAGUAUCAUGGACCAAAAACAAGAUAUCCUCUGCCUUCUCGAAAUUUUGCUGCUGGCAAAUCGAAAAAAGUAGCAUGGUUUGUGAGCAACUGUGCAGCUAAAAGUCCUAGACUACAAUAUGCUGAGGAACUUUCAAAAUAUAUCUCGGUUGAUAUAUAUGGUAAGUGUGGUACAAAAGUAUGUUCUAGGAAUUUGAUAAAUGACCCUUCGUUACUUGACUGUUUUAAAUUGAUUCGUCAGAACUACAAAUUUUAUCUGAGUUUUGAAAAUAGUUUAUGCAGUUGGUAUAUCACUGAGAAACUUUAUAAGAAUGCAUUGAAAAACGAUCUACUUCCAAUUGUGAUGGGUGCAUCGAUAGAGGAAUAUGAAAGAGUCGCUCCUCCAUACUCGUUCAUUCACGUUGAUCAAUUCGAAUCACCAGCUAAACUGGCAGACUAUUUGAAGUAUUUGGACAAGAACGAUACUGCAUAUAAUGAAUAUUUUGCAUGGCAUGGUCAUGGAAUCAUACAUGAUUGGGAUUCCCAACCUCAAUGUGCAAUGUGUCUACUAGCUCAUACAUGUCAUUCAUUUGGUCCCUAUUGGGUUCCGCGUGUGGCACGAUGGUGGAAUGAUGGAUGUAAUGGUCGGAAAUUACGUUGGAAUCUAUGAAUUGUGAAUACUGACAAUAUUAACGCAGUUGCUUUCUACUUUGUUUGACUGUGUGACAUACCCAAAUCUUUUGCUUCCUCUCCAUAUUGACUUCGCUACAUGUUCUUUUUUACACUCCCUUGUUACUUUUGAACUGAAUCAACCUGUUAAUAAAAUAAUAUAUCUGUAAUUGGAAUUUAACAAAUCAAACCUUUGUAAUUGAUACCUACUGAAUGAACCUUCAUUUAUACUUGAACCUGCAAAUAAAUUCUUUAAGUAAUCGAUCAUUA